AUGUCUGAAGUUGCUAAGAGGAGGAAGCUCACCUCUACCAAGAGGUAUGCGUCGAAGAUAUUUUCUCCAUUUCGGGUGAUUGGUAACGUUAGCAAUGGGACACCAUUUGCUGUAGGCAGUUUGGGUAGUACUUUUUAUAUCGUAACCAGUGUUGGUAAGUCUUUUCAGAUUUACGAUGCUAACAAUUUGCAUCUUUUGUUUAUUUCUGAUCGGGAGACUGACGAAGAGAUCAGUUGCCUGGAGGCCCAUUUCCACUAUGUGUAUGCUGGUUUUGGAGGGAAAGUAGGUAUCUACAAACGUGGUAUAUUAGAGCACACCAUUGAGGUUGGUAACGGCUGCAAAGUUACAAAACUGUGUGUUUUUGGUGAUUACUUGUGUGUUUCAACCGAUAAUAAUGAAGUACAUAUUUUCAAGAAGGAAAAUUCAACAACUGAUAAGUAUGCUACUAAGUUCUAUACCAAGUUUGAGAUUCCAGAACUUGUAGGUGGUGAUAUUGUAUCUGUAUUGCAUAUGCCCACAUAUCUGAACAAGAUUGUUGUUGUUACAAAGAUCAAUGUGUUACUGUAUAACGUUAGAAGCGGAAAGCUGUUAUAUAGCUCUCCAGAUUUCCCUGAUCAACUGACUGUGGGUGAAGCUGCUCCAGCACUUGAUAUCAUUGCACUUGGUACUAUAAGUGGUGAGGUGAUACUAUUUAACUUACGUCUCGGUAGAAAAGUAAGGACAAUUAAAGUACCAAACAUGAGAAUUUCAUCCAUCUCAUUUAGAACCGACGGUUCUUCUCACAUUUGCGUUGGGUCAUCAAAGGGUGAUAUCCUAUUCUAUGAUUUGAACCGUCGUGCUAGAAUUCACUUAUUGAAGAAUGUACACAGCGAAGAAUUUGGGGGUGUCACAAGAGCAAGUUUUCUAAAUGGUCAGCCAAUAAUUGUCACAUCAGGUGGUGAUAACAGUUUGAAAGAAUAUGUUUUUGAUCCAUCUUUGUCUCAAAGUGAUGAAGACAUGGUAGUGCAACCACCAAGGUUUCUGCGUUCUAGAGGUGGUCACUCUCAACCUGCGACAAGCAUUGCUUUUGCUGAUGACGAAUCGCAUUUUAUUCUAUCUGCUUCGAGAGAUAAAUCAGUCUGGGCAUUUUCCUUGCGUAAAGAUGCCCAAUCUCAGGAACUUUCACAAAGAUUACAUAAAAAGAAUGAUGGCAAUAGAGUUGCUGGUAGCACCAUGCGUGAAAAGUUUCCAGAGGUCUCUUCUAUAGCCAUUGAGAAUGCUCGAAUUGGCGAGUGGGAGAAUAUUCUUACUGCUCAUAAUGAAAGCAAGGCAGCCAGGACUUGGGAUAUGCGCUCUAAGAGGGUUGGUAGAUGGACGUUUGAAACUAUCGAUGACGGUAUGGUUAAAUCUGUGGCCAUUUCUCAAUGUGGUAACUUUGGUUUUGUAGGCUCGUCUAACGGUGGUAUUGGUGUUUAUAAUAUGCAGAGUGGUAUGCUCAGAAAGAAGUACCGGUUGCAUAAGAGAGCAGUAACAGGUGUAGCUGUGGAUGGGAUGAACAGAAAGAUGGUUUCCUGUGGUCUUGACGGUAUCAUAGGUUUCUAUGACUUCAAUGAAUCUAAAUACUUGGGCAAGUUACAAAUGGAUGCUCCAAUUACGUCAAUGGUUUACCACAGAUCGUCGGAUCUAUGUGCGUUUGCCUUGGAUGAUUUAUCAAUUGUAGUUGUCGACACUGUUACUCAAAAAGUUGUGAGACAAUUAUGGGGACAUGGUAACAGAAUAACAGCAUUCGAUUUUUCACCAGAUGGUCGUUGGUUGGUAUCUGCCUCUCUGGAUUCUACUAUCAGAACCUGGGAUCUGCCUACUGGAUCGUGUAUCGAUGGUGUUAAGAUUGAAUCAGUUGCAACCAACUUAAAAUUCUCACCAAAUGGUGAUAUGUUAGCCACUACCCAUGUUAUCGGUAAUGGUAUUUUUAUUUGGACCAAUAGAGCACAAUUCAAGCAGAUUUCUACCAAGGCUAUCGACGAAGAUGCCUUUCAAAAGAUCAUGUUGCCAAAUGCCUCAGUUUCUGGUAAUAGUCAAUUCUUGGAAGGAGCAUUUCAAGAUGGCGGUGAUGACCAUGAACCUCUUGAUAUAAACAAUUACCAAUCGGUGGAACAAGUUAACAGUGAACUCGUAACGUUAUCGUUGGGACCAAGAAACAAAAUGAACACCAUCCUCCAUCUUGAUGUGAUUAAGAAGCGUUCUAAACCUAAGGAAGCUCCAAAGAAGCCUGAAAAGGCACCAUUCUUCUUACAACUUGCAGGUGAUAAGGUGGGUGACGAAGCUUCUGGUCGUGAAGGUAUUAGUUUUGAAACGCCAGAAGAGAUUAGAGCCAGGGAGGAGAAGCAAAAGCAGUCAGAAGAAGCACAAGCUGAGUUAACCAAAUUCAAACCUGGUACGAACCGUGGAUUCCAAUCCAAAUUUACAAAGUUGUUAUUACAUGGCAAUAAACAAAAUCAAUAUGAAGAGUUCCUAGAGUACUUGGUUAGCAUGUCUCCUGCUACACUUGAUUUAGAAAUCAGAUCAUUGAAUAGCUUUGAGCCAUUUGAAGAAAUAAUUGCGUUCAUUUCUGCACUUACUGCCGGUUUGAAGACUAAUAAGAAUUAUGAACUAUAUGAGGCGAUCAUGAACUUACUAUUCAAGGCCCACGGUGAUGUGAUUCAUGCUAACAAUACCAACUGCGACCUGCAAGACGCACUUUCCCAGUGGGAAACUGUUCAUGGCACAGAGCAAAAAAUGGAUGAGUUGGUUAAGUUCUGUUCAAGUGUACUUGAUUUUGUCUCUAGAUCAUAA